CGUCAAAUGUCGGCGUAGCGUGUAAAGGAUAAAAUAAUACCGGGCUUGAAUUAAGAAUUUAGCCAAUUUUAUAAGUGAAAUCCUUUUUUUUGUAAAACUACAUCUUAUUUUCUUGAUAAUCUAUAAAGCUCAAUUCUGUUUACUAAGAAUUAACUUGUAAAACAUGAAUAAAAACAAUGGUCAUAAUGCUAACACAAAAUCGAAUACGAAAUGUGACAAAAAGAUUAAAACCGAGAAAAAACGGGAUAGUAUCAAUUCAGAGGGCUCCAAUUUAGAUUCAGAAGAUCAAGAGGUGGAAAAAUUAAAUUCGGGAAAGAGAAAGCACGAAAUUCUUCCUCUGCUAGUAUCAAAUUUCCCAGAAAAUUAUGGUUUGGUAAGGAUGACUGAUUUCUUGGUGAAAAAGUGCGGGCCAUGUGAAGUCAGCUUAUCGGAGAAUGGUGACAAGAAGGUGGUCGAGGCAAUAUUUGGAAGUGCAGCUCUAAGAGAGAAAGCCAAGAAGAUCCUGGGUUCGCAGUCUAUUGAUAAAGUCCAAAUACGGGUGGAAUCACCAAUAGCACAAGUUUAUGACUCAGAUCUGGAAGAAAAUGAGGAACCACAAGCUAAAAGGAAAAAAGAAGCAGAUGAAAAACCAUGGGGUCUUGAUAUGGAUGUCUGGAGGCCGGACCCCAAAGGCUAUUAUGGGGUUAGGCCCCAGUACUUAGCUUCUUUAGGUAUAGAGGGCUCACUUCAAAAUUGGGUUUUGGUAAAAAAUUUCCGGUGCUCCAAAGAAGACCUAAAGGAGGUUUUGACUCUGGCUGGCGAGGUAGUAGUGUGCGUGGUUACCUUUGCUAGCCCCAAUUCGUAUGCUCGAGUCAUGUACCGGCACCCGCUCGAAGCCUUACAGGCUGUUUCCAUGUUAAAUAAUCAAAAAUUCCAUGGUGUCCCUCUAAUAGUCCGAAUAAUAAAAACUAGUUGCAACGGCAUCUUACCAAAAGGCCUCAACAGCAUCGGACCAGGUUUGGCUAAAAACGGGACACCGUUAAGAGACAUCGUCAGACAUUACGAAAGAUUUGUCAAGGACCAAGACACUGAAUUAAAUAGCAGCUUAUUUAGAACCCCCAAAGAACAAUGCCUUCAUGAUGAAGGCACUUAUUCAAAGAUUGAAGAUGAUAAGAGAAAAGCGAAAGAAGCUUUAGAAACACUGGUUUCUUUGGUCGCUCAAGGAAUGAAAGUAGAUGAUAUAAUGACGGUACUGAAAUCAAUACAAGGCAACCAAAACGUUAAUUCUAUAGUUGAGAGUCUGAAAGAAAUUGACACGAAACCGUCCACACCUGAUUCUCAAACUAGUAAAAAGGAUAAACCGUUUUCGUCUUUAGAAAAGAAAAGGAAUACCCAGCCCAGUCCUGUAAGCUCCAGUGAAAGCGGUUCAAGGUCACCAAGUCCAGACGCUAAAACUACUAAAAAACCGACAGAAAACGCUAAGAAAUCGCAGCAAAUUUCUACGAUCACGAAUCGAUCGACAAAUGCUGUUAGACCACCUGCUCCUAAACCUACGCCUCCGAAAUUUACGCCUGUUAAACCUUGGUCAAAACCUGCACAGCCUCCUGCUCCAGGGACAACUUCUUUUAAAGGCGGACAGAAUAAGCCGGGGCCUCGGGGACCUAUGUCGGGGCCGGUGCGUCCACAGGGUCCCAUGUUUAAUGCGGGAAUGCCGGGCCCGAUAGGUCCAAUGUCUGGCCCAAUGUCGGGCCCCAUGUCUGGUCCGAUGCCUGGUCCGAUGGGUCCAAUGAUGGGGCCCAUGUCUGGCCCGAUGGCUGGUCCCAUGUCUGGCCCAAUGCCAGGGCCUAUGUCUGGGCCCAUGCCUGGGCCAAUGCCUGGGCCAAUGCCUGGACCAAUGUCUGGUCCAAUGUCCGGUCCAAUGUCUGGUCCCAUGAUUGGCCCUAAUUUCUCCAUGCCCGGACCCACCCAGAAUUCAUUUGGACCGAAUGGACCGAUGGGUUCUAAUGGACCAUCAACAGGAUCAGAAGCGAAAUUGCAGUUUAGUAACUUGCCCCCGUCGACCACGUUCGCGCUGCUAAGUGAGAAGCUGUCUCAAGUCGGUCAGCUGUUGUCCAUACAGUUCACGACGCCCGGCUGCGUGGUCGCAAUGUUCGCUCACAGGGAGCACGCGGAGAGGUGUCGACAGCAAUUCGACCAAUCGCGAUUGGAAGGAAACCUUAUCGAUGUCAGAUUCAUCUAAAAAAUGUAAGUAUGUUGUUGACGUAACGUUUUCGUCUUAUACCUCUAAAAAACAAACUAAUUUCAAAGUAGGACACUGACAAUUCGCCGUAAGUUUUUGGAUCGAUACUACACAACUUCAAAUAAGUAGGAAUCUAUCUUUUAACGGCAGGACGCCGGAGGUCUUGGGCUCCAAAUCCGGUAAGCAGGUAAUCGGUAUUGUGUUAUGGGUAUUUAAGUAAGUGUAUUGUGUAGCGUCGUUUAAUACCUACCAAAUGUAAGCAUAAUAUGCACAGAACAAUCUGUGCUCAGUUUAGGGAUAGAUCGAUUUAUAAAUAAAUAUUAAAAAUAUAUUUAAUUCAGACUGAAAGUCGAUACAUGGUUAGUAAACAUUAUAAUCUUAUUACUAGUGUUAGUACGAAAAAGAAUGAGAGACAUAACUAAAACAAAAAAAAUGUGUGUGAAUGUGAUUAUAUUCCAUAUUUAUAUUUAAAUCUAUUUAUUAGGAGUGGCACAGACAGAUAAAUUAUUUUGUAUUUUUUCGUACACUUUUGUUUUUAAGACCGCGGACCAGAAACAGAGUUGUUAAAAUUAUCAGAAGUGGUUAAGAACGAUGAGUUUUGACAUGAACCUUCGUGGACGUCAGCUGCUGGUCCAUUGGUGGCUUGAGGAACGGCUGCCAUAUAAACACGUAAAAAUAGUCAUCGCAGCGGCGGUCCGGUUUAGAUCCAUACGUCAUUACAAGCUUUUAUUUUACUCGUAUCAUUUUGUUAUAUAUGUAUGUGUGGGAUAAAACUUGGAGGCUAGAUUAGAACUCAUAUUAACUCACAUUUAUAGACGAGUGUAUCGCGAAUUUAUUUUAUUACCAUUAUUUACCGACCUAGCUAAAAUUAGCCGCGACCUGUGUCGAAACGUCGGUAAAUAAAUGUAAUAAAAUAAAUUCGCGAUAGACCCGUUUAUAAAUGUGAGUUAAUAUAGAUUAGAACUGCUUCAGAACGUUCGAUAAAGCUGUGACAAUGCAAUACAGAGCUGAUUGAUGAUGGAGACGGAAACUGGCCAUCGGAAAUAGGUGAUAAAAUACCCCAGUUUAAUCAAGUUUAAGGUUAGCAUACGUAGAUUUCAGGAUUUCCCCUGACAUUCAUGUAGGAUUUUUGGUCCUUAGUCAGGAUUGUGGUCCGAAGCUUUUGUUUGAAAUCUCAACCACUAGAUAGGGAAGGUUUUACUGUAAUUAUAGUUCGUUUUUUUUAGCAUUAGAAAGAACUCCACAGAAGUAAGCGUACAGUUUUUAUCAGGCUCUUUAAUUGUUAAUAAUUAUUGAAUUAUCUAAUGUAGCACGGUCAAUACAUAUAAUUUACUUCAAAUUAUUACCGCUAAAAGUGCCGGAUUUGGAACCACAAGCUUACUUCUGCGAAGUUCUUUCUAAUGCUAAAAAAAACGAACUAUAAUACGAGUAGCUAUAGCACAUGGUGGCAAGUUAAGGGCCCACGUGACAACUACCAGCAGGCCCCGUUUUAUUAGCUUCGUAAAUAUGCCUAAAAGUUUUAUUGGCAAAAAGAAAGCUUAAUAAACAACUUCAAUAUAUGGAUAUCUAAUUAAUUAAACUGUCUAAUAGGAGAGUGGUGUAUUUUUGAAAAAAUUACCAUCCAGGAAAUGUCUGAAUUUUUAGGAUGACGUUCGAGGGUUUUAUCAAUUGUAUUUAUUUAUAAUAUGGCAACCCAAAUUGCGUAUAAAGUAGUUAAAUCAAUUAAAGUACAGUCAGUGAUAACUUGUAUUAAGUUUGCACUUAGUUGAUAUUAUUUUUAAUAAAAAAACUAAGUGCACAGUAAUUUUCUGAGUCCUGUGUUAGUUGUUUUGAGGGUCUGGGUGAAUUAGGUACUGAGUCGACACAUUAUAAAUUUUCGGCGAAUUGUCAGUGUAAAUAGGUUGAUAUUUUUUUAAUUGGGAUAUUGGCAGGAUUUAAUCUUGAUAAGAUAAGAUUACUUAUACAUAUACUUACAGAUGUUUUGAUGUAGAAUUUUUGUUGCUAAUUAAUACAGUCUUUUUAAUAAUUUAUUUUAAUGUAAUAAGUAAAUUACAUUGGUUGAUUUGAUACUUAUGAGUGAAUAAGUUUUUAAGUUGCAUUAAGGUUAGCAUAUGGUUAAAAUACCAAUUAAUAAUAUUUUAAGAUAUCUCUUCUAAAAUUAAGAGUUUAUGGUGAUGAUGAUACCUGACAUGGUACAUUGAGAUUUUUUUAAACCUUGAUUUAACAUAUGCGUUAUUAGUUUUUAUUUAGUUUUAAGUUAUACUUGAAAAUGUUUUCAAUAAUGUUAAUUUUAUACAGUAUCCAAUCUAUGGACCUGGUUAUCUUAGGUUUUUUUUUAUUUGAUUCACAUUACAAUCAUCAUCGAUUGUAACUUAACAAAUAAUUUUCAGAUGCAGAUGUUUUUGACUUUAUCAACCAUGGUGGAAAGCUGAGUUUAUUACUUUGAACCUUUAAUGAAUAGAUAUAAAGUCGAAAGUGUAUUGUGUUUCUAUUAGAUUGGUAUAACUAUCUGAGUUAUAAGAUUCGAAAUUAAGUAGAUUACCCACAAUAAUACAUAUAGUAGGUACGUUUUACACACUACAAUAUUUUUUUCCUAAGUUCGUCAGUGGUUCGACUAUAUAAUAUAGGUACAUAAAUUACAUAAUAUACAUGAUAUAUAAGUUUUGCAUAAAUGUGUUUAGUGCUAUUAGGUAUUCUUUAUUCAGGCAAACACUAAGUAUAAGUUUACAGCUCCUGCCAAGACACUUAUAUUGUUAAUAGGUAGGUACAUAUGUUGUCAGUAUCAUAAAAUUAGUACCUACACUAUUGUUUUACUUAGUUUAUAAUUUGUGUGGAAUGAUGGAUGCUUGAAAUUAGUCUUUAGUUUUGAUCUAGGUAAUUACUAUAGGUAAGUACAUACCUAUAAUUAUUAAUAACAUAUUGAUUAUAAGUUGGUUAGAGCUCGUUUGAACUUCUUAUAUCCUUACCUAAGUGUUUAGUUAAGGGAAAAUUUAUUUAAUACAAGUCGAUACAUUUUACAAUAUUAUGUAUUUACAAAACUGUAAGUGUUUAGUGCUUAGUAUUACUAUGAGUUAAAUAUUUAGUUUUUGUGUUUAAGGCCUUCUGACACUAACCUUUUUGAUCAGCGAUUUUAUAUCGAUUUUUUGAGCUGCGAAUGACGAAAUAGGUACCCAUAAUAAUAUGAAAUGCAUAAUAAUUUCAUUGAAAGAUUAUCGGUAAA